AUGGCCGCCCUCUUCUGGAGGCAGUUCUGUGCGUUGUUUAUCAAGAACGCACUUGUAUUCCGGAAACACUGGCUUGCCAAUCUCCUUCGGUGUUUACUUUUCCCCAUAGGCUACGGUAUUUUCCUUGGAUAUACUCCAAACUUUUUUGCCACCCCUGACCAAUAUGGACUGGGUACUAUUGUCCCAAUAUUCCGCCUGGAGCAUCAAUUUGACGGUUCGAGACCUCUUGUUUGGGUGGAUAACACGGAUCGGAAUGGCUUCAUCUCAGCUCAGGGGAUCAUGAACCAAGUUUCUGCAAAUUUUAACGAGAAGCAGCAUUCAGCACUGAAGGAAGUGACGUCAUCCUCGAGCUAA